AUGAGCUCAAGUUUUGGAGCAGAUCGAGCAUGGGAUGAGCUGCGCCGCGAGGCACGGCGGUUGGAGGGCGAGCUGGAGGUCAAGCUUCUGGCGCUGACUAAGCUUACGUCUGGACUGGAGGGCGGCUACCGCAGCAGCAGCAGUAGCAGCAGCCGGCAUGAUCAUGGCUCAGGCCUGGGCCCGGAUCAGCUGGCUCAGGCUAAGGCGUCUGAGGUUGAGGCCCUGCUGCAGCGGCUGUCUGACGUGAACGACGAGAUGGGCGGUGUCAUUGGGGGCGGCAGCGACGCGCGCGUGCACACCCUGGCGCGCCAUCGCGACGUGCUGCUCGAGUACACACAGGAGUUCAGGCGCAUGGAGUCGGCUCUGGGCGCGGCGCGCGAUAGGGCAGAGCUAUUGGGCAUGGGCGGCGAGGCCGCGCCGCUGCUGGGGGUCCAGGUGCACAACGCGUCAGGUGCGCUGCUGCGCGAGCGCACCCAGCUGGCGGCCUCUGCUGGAUAUGUGGACGACAUGCUGGCGCAGGCGCAGACGGUGACGCGUAACCUGCUGGAGCAGCGGCGCGUGUUUGACACCGUGCAGGACAAGCUGCUGAGCGUGGGGGAGCGCUUCCCGGUGGUCAACGGGCUGCUCAACGCCAUUCGGAGAAAAAAGUCCAAGGACACCCUCGUGCUGUCCGGCACCAUCGCCGUCUGCACCACCCUCAUCCUGCUGUACAUCAUCGUGCGGUGA